GGGAGUCCCGCAGCGCAGGUAGAGAGAGAAGUUCAGGUGAGUCCCGCAGCGCAGGUAGAGAGAGAAGUUCAGGUUAGUACCGCAGCUUAGGUAGAGAGAGAGGAGUUCAGGGGAGUCCCGCAGCGCAGGUAGAGAGAGAAGUUCAGGUGAGUCCCGCAGCACAGGUAGAGAGAGUAUUUCAGGUGAGUCCCGCAGCGCAGGUAGAGAGAGGAGUUCAGGUGAGUCCCGCAGUGCAGGUAAAGAGAGGAGUUCAGGUAAGUCCCGCAGCGCAGGUAGAGAGAGAGGAGUUCAGGUAAGUCCCGCAGAGCAGGUUACGAUCAAACAACUUGCAAGAGCUCCUGGGGGAAAAAAAAAACAAAAAAAAACGUUACCGACUGAACCCUAUAUCAUGACUUUACUGGAAAGGAUAGACUGGCAGGAACGGCACGACGGCAGUAGCAAUGGGAACCCCCGUCUUCCACACUUGUCAGCUGUGAGCCAGCACCUCUACAGCCCGGCUCCCCCGCUCUCUCACUCAGGCAGCUCGGAUUUCCAGCCCCCUUACUUUCCUCCACCAUACCAGCCGCUUUCAUACGCCCAAUCCAGCGAUCCCUUUUCCCACUUGGGAGACCCGUUUUCCAUCAAUUCUCUCCACCAAUCGGGCCCACCAGUGCCUAAUCAGCAGCAAGGAUGGCCCAGCAGACAGAACCAAGACCAUUCGGGGAUUGGGCGCUCCGGUCUGGCCAGCCAGAUACUCGGACUGGAGUCGGGUUCAAUCAGCGGGAGAAGAGAGGCAUUCCGCCGGCCGGAACUUCUACUGCCCCAUGGUCACCAGAUCGAUUCGGGGGUUAUAGGAGAGAGCAUGGGGCUGCAUGACAUUGGGCAAAGCAUGGACGACGUGCAGCAUGUGGAUGAUAGCAGCAUCGUGAUGGCAGACCAGACAGUAAUUAAAAAAGUAUUAGGAAUGAGAAGUGGCAUGAGUCAGGAUCGUAUUCGGAGGAGUUAUUUUGGGAGUGGCUUUCUUGCUGGUGAGGAUGAAGGCCCAGUAACUCUGUCGAAGGGGAAUGCCCUGGUGAACCCCUAUCAGAAGGAGGGCUUGCUGGGGAUGGUAUCGAACCCCACCGAGGUGUUCUGCUCUGUACCUGGCCGCCUCUCCCUGCUCAGCUCCACCUCCAAGUACAAGGUGACGGUGUCUGAGGUGCAACGCCGCCUGUCCCCACCGGAGUGUCUCAAUGCCUCCCUGUUGGGAGGUGUUCUCCGCAGAGCGAAAUCCAAAAAUGGGGGCCGCUCCUUGCGGGAAAAGCUGGAUAAAAUUGGUCUGAACCUCCCUGCCGGCAGACGGAAGGCAGCGAAUGUCACGUUGCUGACGGCACUGGUAGAAGGUGAGGCUGUGCACCUGGCCCGUGACUUCGGCUACGUCUGCGAGACAGAGUUCCCUGCUAAGGCCAUAGCUGAGUACCUGGGCCGGCCGCAUGUGGAACGCAAUGAGGUCAACAGUCGCAAGAACAUGCUGCUCGCCGCAAAGCAAAUCUGCAAAGAAUUCACAGAGGUGCUGACCCAAGACCGAUCUCCGCUGGGGAACUCCCGGCCCGCACCCAUCCUGGAGCCCGGGAUCCAGGGCUGCCUGACUCACUUCAGCCUCAUCACACAUGGGUUCGGAGGACCCGCAAUCUGCGCUGCCAUGACCUCCCUGCAGAACUACCUGAAUGAGGCGCUCAAGCAGGUGGACAAAAUGUACCUGAGCUCUGGGAGCGAGCAGCAAGGCUCCUCGGAUGGCAGCAAAUCUGUAGAGAAAAUGGACAAGCACCGGAAAGGUGGUCUUACCUGCUGGGAACGAGUAAGCGGUCCUGCAGAGGUGCAGGGAUGCCAUCUUUUUUUUUUUUUUGUCGAAGAGGAUUGGUACGCUGAUUGAAGGAACAGGAGGAUUCAGCAACAGCUUUUGGCUGUCCUGCUUUGUGUGAGAAUGCUUUGUUAGAUGAAGCUGCUGCCACUUGACACUGGGCUGAAAACACACAACUAGCGAACAGAGUGAAAGGUCCAUGCCAUUUUAACUGCAGUGGUCAUUGUACGAGGGCAGCCGCUGGUGCUUUUUAACACUAGACAUCACUCCAUUGCAGUUAAGGCAGUGUUUUGUUGGUGGAGUAUUAGGGUGGGCAGGCUAGCUGUCAGUCUACAAAAAAUCAUGGAAAUCAGUCCACCAGCUUUGUCUUCACUCUCCAACUGACUAAUCUGUUAAUGUUGAAUGGCCACUCAUUUCGCGUGAUUUAUCUGUUUUUUUGCCUGAAAGCCGCGUUCUUUCUCUUUUCCAAACGGACAGUGCGCAACAACAUGCAAAACAAGUGGGGCGAGCAAGAAAACCACAAACACAUGAAACAAAUAACUUUAGCACAAGUGUCCCCAUGCAAGAAGAGACUCUAGCACAAGGGGAGCCGUGCAAGCUGAAAAAAAUCAAUGAGUGCACAAGACAGAGACUGUUGCAGAGUCAUGCAAACUGUGCAUCAAACCUGCCCAAUUCGUUUCAGGUGUCAGACCUGUGAACAUAAAGGUUUUAUUGUUGUUAUUAUUAUUAUAACUUUAAAAAAAAAAAAAAAAAAAAAAAAAAAAAAAAGUACUAUUUGGAAUUUUUUUUUUUUUUUUUCUCUUGAAUGUAAAUAUUCUUAUUUAUGAUGUAAUUUAAUGGGAUUUGUAAAUACUGGUGAUAACGCUUCAAAAAAAAAAAAAAAGGUUUUAACAUUUUGUAAAUGGGUUUCAGCUCUUUUUUAGAAGAAAUGUGAUUGGCUAUGAUGGGGUGCUGAAAUGUUUCAUGUUAAAGUUCAUGCAAAGGUAUCUUAAAAUAAAAUGAAAUAAAACAGGGUAAUUUUAAAGUGACUUUGUACAGUUUUGCCCUUUUACUGUCUUUAGUAGUUUGAGUCUUUGUGAUGUGGUACAGUGUCGCUUCCUUUUGUGAAAGUGAGAAAGUAUACUUGCAGGUUGUUUUCAGUAAAAGAGCAAAGUGCAUUGUGAAAAAGCAAUCUGUAAAGAAAUACCAAACUAACACCACUAUCUUUGACUCAGCCAUUCAAUAAAGCAAUUAAACUUUCUGGUUAAAA